GCGCAGAGGAGAGAGCGUGCGGCUGCAGGCAGGGGCCCCCGCUCGGCCACCUCCUCGCCCCGCGGCCGCCGCUGGAAGAUGUCUCAGGAGAGGCCCACGUUCUACCGGCAGGAGCUGAACAAGACCAUCUGGGAGGUGCCCGAGCGGUACCAGAACCUGUCCCCCGUGGGCUCGGGCGCCUAUGGCUCGGUGUGUGCUGCUUUUGACACGAAGACGGGGCAUCGUGUGGCCGUGAAGAAGCUGUCGAGACCCUUUCAGUCCAUCAUCCACGCCAAAAGGACCUACAGGGAGCUGCGCCUGCUGAAGCACAUGAAGCACGAGAAUGUCAUCGGUCUGUUGGACGUGUUUACACCUGCAAGGUCCCUGGAGGAGUUCAACGAUGUGUACCUGGUGACCCAUCUCAUGGGGGCAGACCUGAACAACAUCGUCAAGUGUCAGAAGCUUACUGAUGACCACGUUCAGUUCCUCAUCUACCAGAUCCUCCGAGGGCUGAAGUAUAUACAUUCAGCUGACAUCAUUCACAGGGACCUAAAGCCUAGUAACUUGGCUGUGAACGAAGACUGUGAACUGAAGAUCCUGGAUUUCGGGCUGGCUCGGCACACUGAUGAUGAGAUGACCGGCUAUGUGGCUACCAGGUGGUACAGGGCUCCUGAGAUCAUGCUGAACUGGAUGCACUACAACCAGACAGUGGAUAUUUGGUCCGUGGGCUGCAUCAUGGCUGAGCUGUUGACCGGAAGAACGCUGUUCCCUGGUACAGACCAUAUUGAUCAGUUGAAACUCAUUUUAAGACUCGUUGGAACCCCAGGGGCUGAGCUUCUGAAGAAAAUCUCCUCAGAGUCUGCAAGAAACUACAUUCAGUCCCUAGCCCAGAUGCCGAAGAUGAACUUUGCAAAUGUGUUUAUUGGCGCCAACCCCCUGGCUGUGGACCUGCUGGAAAAGAUGCUUGUUUUGGACUCAGAUAAGAGGAUCACAGCAGCCCAAGCCCUUGCACACGCCUACUUUGCUCAGUACCAUGACCCUGAUGAUGAGCCUGUGGCUGACCCCUAUGACCAGUCCUUUGAAAGCAGGGACCUCCUUAUAGAUGAGUGGAAAAGCCUGACGUACGAUGAAGUCAUCAGCUUUGUGCCACCGCCCCUUGACCAAGAAGAAAUGGAGUCCUGAACACCUGGUUUCUGUUCUGUCGGUCCCACUUCACUGUGAGGGGAAGGCCUUUUCAUGGGAACUCUCCAAAUAUCAUUCAAGUGCCUCUUGUUGAAAGAUUCCUUCAUGGUGGAAGGGGGUGCAUGUAUACGCAUAGUGUUUGUGUGUUCGUGUGUGUGUGUGUCUGUCUGUCUGUCUUUCUAUCUGUCUUGUCUGUCUGUCUGUCUGUCUGUCUUUGUGAUAGCAGUGACUUCGUGAGUCGUGAAUGCUCCGUGGCAGCCUCUGCCUGCUUUCUCAGAGUCUGGGCAAGCAGAUGGGAACUGCUAUCUUGUUAGGGAUGUAUUAAAUGCAAAGUAAGAAAUAUUAAAAUAUACCUGUUCCCAGUUACACUUUGGCCAUGUCCGUCCCCCCGCCAUGCAGACAGCGAAGAGGACCGACCAGCUCCCAGGCUCUAGCCUGUGAUUGGCUUACUUACUAAGGUGGUCCUCAGAGCCUGACAGGGGUGUUCAAAGCUGUCAGUCUGUUCGUGCCUUAAAAGGAAAAGGACGCUUAGAUAGUUACAGAACCGCAGCUGCUGACGUUCUGAGCCAGGCGAGUGCGCGGGGCUGUUGGUGGCCAGUGGUGAGCUGGGAGAAACAAGGCAGCCUUCAGGGAGGCUGUGUGUGUCUGUCUGUCUGUCUGUCCGUCCAUCCACCCGCCCACCCUCCCUCCCUCUCCCAGGAGCGAGUGGUAUCUAUGCUUACCCUUCACCUCAGUGCAGAGGUCUCCAGUGCCAGGCGCAGGUUGCCGCCAUCACCCGCUUCCUGUGUGCUCUUCACAUCUAGCAGAGUGCAGGUGUUUGCAUGCUGCCCUCUUGGAGCUGCAAAGCCCAUGUCUGUCCUCGGGAAGCCCAGGCCGGCGUGUGAAGACUUCUGGCAGUUCCAGUCUAUGUUUCCUCAGCUGAUGCCGUGGGCACGCCACUGCCCCCUCACUCCAUCGCUACUUUGUGUUGAAAACAACUGAUCCUCCAGGUGCUGUGGUGCAAGGAGACGCCAGGACAGACAGGGCGCCUGAACUCUUGCCAUCUGUCACCAAUUCAGGGGGAACGAGGCCUCUCCUGAGAGUGCCCCCAGCUCUGGAAAUCAUGUUCUCACUCGUGAUAACCAGCUAAGAAACGCUGAACCGCAGUGAGGACCAAAGGCUCGUGAGGCCGGGACUCCUUUCGCUGUCUUUCUCAGAAUAGAGUUGUUAAGAACAAAACCAGGGAGUCAGCGGCGCCUCUCCUCAGAAGGGUCCUCCCAGCAGCUAGACACGGACUGAUUCUCGGUCUUGGUGUUGAUUUGGGGAGAAACAAUUUUGUCUUGGAAUUUUAUAUGUUGUAGGAAUCCUUAGAGAAUGUGAUUCCUUCUGAUGGGGAGAAAGGGCAAAUUAUUUUAAUGUUUUGUAUUUUCACCUUUAUAAAGAUGAAAUCCUCAGGGGUGAAGAACUGUUUGCAUAAUUUUCUGAAUUUUGGGCACUUUGUGCUAUAUGAGGACCCAUAUAUUUAAGCCUUUUGUGUAAUAAGAAAAUGUAAAGCCAAUUCCAGUGUUGGCCGUGACAGGUCUUGUAUUUAGGUCAAGGUGGCUCCAUUCUCUAUCAGUGCAGGGACGCAUGCUCCAGGCAGGCAGGGUAGGACCCCUGAUCACCCGGAGCCCAGAAGGAAGCAGACUGGCCAGGCUUUACCACCUCGGUAUGCAGUUCAGCUCCUCACCAACCCAGCAAGAUGCAUUCUAGUGGUCAUGUCUGGUUAUGAAGGCAAGUGUGAUUUCCGACAGGAUUCUGCUCGGAUUACUUUAUUGAAGAUGUCUUUGCACAUGUGACCAUGCUGUGUUAAGAGGCCAUGCUCCAGGGCCCGGACUCACUGGAGCUGGCCAGAGAGCUCCUGGCAUCCAUAGCCAAAUGCUGCCAUCUCCCAGUUUCUCUACCGGAAGACAAGGGAACGAGGGAACUGCUGUUUUGUUUGUGUUCAUGAACUUGGCUGUAGUUCCAUAUGCCAUAGGAUGUCAGACAAUACCACUGGUUAAAAUAAAGCCUAUUUUUCAAAUUCA